UCUUGUCACUGAGUUACGUUAAACACCAGCUGACUGUAAAAACAUGUAACGAUUAACCCGGAAUGAACUAACAAACGUUGUUACUUUAACACCGACCUCCCCGCAGCAUCGGUCAGCACGGCGUCAGUUUAUAGAUCAGCCGCCCCUGCUGUGCAACUUCAUGUGUUCAUUGAGACACGUCCUUAGGUAAUAUGCUGCAGUCUGCAGUGGAAAAGAACCAGUUUGACAUUAAGUGGAUCCUUGUGUUUUGCAUGUGAGGAGGAUCCGUCAAACUAGAGCAAAUACUGGAAAGAAGAUAUGAUCAGUUAUGAUGGAAGUGCUUGAAAGAGCAGUCAACAGGUCUCCCCUGUCGGCGCUUCUUCUUCUCUCCCUGCUCCAGCUGGCUGGGAGUGAUGUCACAGGGGAGGAGGUAGGCAGGAAGCCCAACAUUGUCCUGAUGAUGGUGGAUGACCUGGGCAUCGGUGAUAUUGGAUGCUACGGUAAUGAUACCAUCAGGACUCCUAACAUAGACAGGCUUGCUUCUGAAGGGGUAAAGCUGACUCAGCACAUUGCAGCUGCUCCUCUCUGCACCCCGAGCCGGGCCGCUUUCAUGACGGGGCGCUACGCCCUCCGCUCAGGAAUGGGCAGCACAGGGCGUGUGCAGGUGCUGCUGUUCGUGGCAGGUUCAGGGGGUCUGCCACCCAGUGAGACCACCUUCGCUAAGAGGCUGCAGCAGCAAGGAUACACAACCGGUCUAGUGGGUAAGUGGCACUUGGGUGUGAACUGUGAAGACAGAGGGGACCACUGCCACCAUCCGAACCAGCAUGGCUUCAGCUACUUCUACGGCCUGCCGUUCACACUGUUCAAUGACUGUCUGCCAGGAGAGGACAGUGACGUCCUGGCAGACCUCCAGCACACACUCCGAAAUCUCACCAUGCUGCUUGGGGUUGGACUUUUCACACUGGUUUGUGUCCGUGUGUGCGGCCUCCUUGACGUGGGCCUGUGGCUCCUGGUAGCACUUUUUUUUCUCGCUAUCCUAGCAACCGGCGUGUGGUACAUGCCCUUCAAACUCCUCUCGACGUGGAACUGCAUCAUCAUGAGGAACCAAGAAGUCAUUGAACAGCCAAUGACAGUGGAGACGCUGCCCCGGAGGUUGCUGGUUGAAGCACAGAAUUUCAUAAAGAGGAAUGUUGAUCAUCCAUUCCUCCUCCUCUUCUCAUUGGCCCAUAUGCACACGCCACUCUUCCAAAACCCCGCCUUUGCUGGCAAGAGUCGCCACGGUCGCUAUGGUGACAAUCUAGAAGAAGUGGACUGGAUGAUCGGUGAAAUGACAGAGACGGUGGACUCCCUCGGCUUAGCCAACAAUACUCUGAUGUACUUUACCUCAGACCAUGGCGGACACCUGGAGGAUACUGAUCCACGAAUCGGCCAGAAAGGAGGCUGGAACGGCAUCUAUAAAGGAGGGAAAGCUAUGGGGGGCUGGGAGGGGGGGAUCAGGGUGCCCGGUAUUUUCCGCUGGCCUGGCAGACUGGCAGCUGGAAGAGUCGUGGACGAACCCACUAGCCUCAUGGACCUGUAUCCAACACUGAAACAUCUGGCCAAGGACACGCAGCCGGACAGACAACUCGAUGGCUAUAACCUCAUGCCACUGUUGGAAGGGAAGGUGGAGCGAUCAGAGCAUGAAUUUAUGUUCCACUACUGUGGAAUCUACCUGAAUGCGCUACGCUGGCACCCGCACGGAAGUGACUCUAUCUUCAAGGUGCACUUUUUCACUCCCAACUUUUCUCCCCCGGGAGCUGGCGGGUGCUAUGACACCAAGGUCUGUCUGUGUCAUGGAGAGCACGUGACGCACCACAACCCGCCGCUGCUGUACGACCUCCUCCGCGACCCCUCCGAGUCCCGCCCUCUGACCCCUGAUACCGAGCCGCGAUACGCUGAAAUCCUGGAGCAGGCUGCCAAAGCUGCGGAGAGACAUCGAAGCACCCUCACGAAGGUGCAGGCGUCUGAUGACACUCAUUCACACCCCAACGCUGACGCACACGGCGUUCAAAGCCAGAUGACGUGGGACAAGAUUCUGUGGAAACCCUGGCUUCAGCCAUGCUGCGGGACUUUUCCAUUCUGCGGCUGCAAAGAGGACACAACAGGUAUUUAAGGGACAUUUUCACCAGAUAGUCUUAUGAAGCUUGGGCUUUGUGAAGCUCCUCAGGAUUCUACUGCAGGGGUUUCACAUAUUUCAUAAAUACUGUAUACUUACAUAAUACUGUACUUUUUGUAGUGUGGAUUCUUUCACUCAAAGCAUUGCAAAGAUGUGACAUGAAAAGGUUUGGCCUUUAGACUUGCUGUAAAAACUCCUCCUCCUCCAACAAGUCACUACUUGUAUUUAGAAGCUUUUCUUUAAUCUAAAUUUUUUUACAUUAUUUUACAAAACUGAAUCUUAAUUUGAAAUGAAGUCACCCAAAAUUAACAGAAAUACUACUGAAAAUGAUCAAAAUUAGAGAUUAAACAGUGUACGGACUGCACAAACCCUGUGGUCAUGUGCAUUAUUACACUGGACGUACCUACAAUAGAGCCAAAACAUGCAACAUUUGCAUACAAAGUCUGCUGUUUACAUGUUUAUUAUUCAUUAAGUGGAGAAUCUGUUCAUCUGUUCUGUUGUGAUCUGUUGGUGCUCUUACAAUA